CUCUCUGCCCGACUCCGACUCCAACUCCGACUCCGACUCCCCGCAAGUGAUCUCCUUCCUCCACCUUCGCCGGCCGUUGCCACUGGCCGGGUGAUCUUCAUUCUUCCACUCCCACCAUGGCCGCCGCCGCCACCGCCACCGCCACCGCCGUCUCUUCCUCCACUUUCCCCCUCCUCCUCCUACUACCGCUCCUGCUCUGCUCCUGCUCGCACCUCACCCUCGCCUCGGCAGAAGAGGCGGCGCCGGCGUCGGCGGCGGCGGAGCUCCUGGGAGAGGCGCGCGCGCCGGGGUUCGCGGAGUGGCUGCGCGGCGUGCGGCGGCGCAUCCACGAGCGGCCCGAGCUGGCCUUCCAGGAGCACCGGACAAGCGAGCUCGUGCGGGCCGAGCUCGACGCCAUCGGCGUCCCCUACACGUGGCCCGUCGCCCAGACCGGCGUCGUGGCCACCAUCGUCGGCGCCGCCGCCGCCGACGGCCCCGUCGUCGCGCUCCGGGCCGACAUGGACGCGCUCCCCGUGCAGGAGUUGGUGGAUUGGGAACACAAGAGCCAGGAAAGUGGGAAAAUGCAUGCUUGCGGACAUGAUGCACACACAACAAUGCUUCUGGGGGCUGCUAGGAUACUUCAAGAUCGCAAGAAUGACCUAAAGGGCACUGUAAAGCUUAUAUUCCAGCCGGCAGAGGAGGGUCAGGGUGGUGCAUAUUAUGUGUUACAGGAAGGUGUUCUUGACGAUGUGUCAGCCAUAUUUGGCUUGCAUGUUGACCCAGCCCUUCCUGUAGGUGUUGUUUCAUCUAGGCCAGGACCCUUUGCAGCAACAUCAGGUCGAUUCCUAGCAACGGUUACUGGUAAAGGUGGGCAUGCUGCAAUGCCCCAUGAUUCCAUCGACCCUGUUGUAGCUGCAGCCACUACUAUCGUCAGCCUUCAACAAAUUAUCGCUCGGGAAAUAGAUCCCCUGCAGGGUGCAGUUGUAUCCAUCACUUUUAUGAAAGGAGGAGAAGCUUACAAUGUUAUUCCAGAGUCUGUGGCCUUUGGUGGCACCUUGAGGAGCAUGACAAAUGAAGGUUUAUCAUAUCUCAAGAAGAGGAUCAAAGAGAUCGUAGAAGGACAGUCACUGGUACAUCAUUGCACUGCCUCUGUGGACUUCAUGGAGGACACGAUGAGGACAUAUCCGGCUGUGAUCAAUGAUGAAAGGAUGUAUGCUCACGCAAAGGAAGUGGCUGAGAGCCUCCUUGGGGACAAGAACGUCAAGCUUGGUCCCCAGGUAAUGGGUGCAGAGGAUUUCGGGUUCUAUGCGCAGAGAAUGGCGGGCGCCUUCUUCACCAUUGGAGUUGGCAACAAAAGCACCAUGGAGACAAUCCAUUCCACUCACUCACCCUACUUUGUGAUCGAUGAGGAUGUGCUUCCCAUCGGAGCUGCGUUCCAUGCCGGUGUGGCAAUUGAAUAUGUGAAGAAGAAUCAUGCAUCAAUCUAAACUGAAUAAUUGGAAAAACAAAAGCCUUGUUUGAAUAGUUUGGGCAUUCUCCAGUUAUGCUUU